UGACUGAGUUAAAGUGAAGCUUCUCUUGGCCGUAGUACCUUUGAUCAUGGCGAGUGGAAAGCAUUUGCUGCUCAUUGCAGUGUUGCCACUCCUGGUAAGAUGUCAAAAACCACAAGUUUUGAUGGUACCUACAUUUGAAAUGGCCUUUAUUGGGGAUACAGUUUAUUUAAAAUGCAAUCCAAGCGCGAGCUCAGUGACAUGGCACAAACGAAAUGGUGAGCAAAUUGUCGGAGCAGACAUUUUGAAAGUGGAAAUUAAAAACUCAAAUGACGGAGGCCUUUAUUGGUGCGAGACCAGUGGGACAAAGAGUGACCCUGUUUCAGUCAAUGUCAUGGAAUCUGGUCUCAGCACUUCACUCACCAUUGAGACAGGCUAUCGGAACAUGUGGAAGGGAGGUGCAGUUAUCCUGAAGCUUGAAAAUAAGGAUGGUCUGAAAGGGUGGAGGUGCUGGGUGUACAGGGGUGGAGAAAGUGUAAAAAGGGUUUCACUGAAAUUGGAGGGCGUCAAUAACAGUAUGGUGUUUCAAACUGCUGACCUCAAUGUUGAUGAGACUAUUUACUGGUGUACGGAUAAGGGUCAAACUCACAGAAGUAACCAAGUAAUUCUCACCACCUCUGAUCCAUGGGAGCCUCCAAAACCACCUGAGAAAGAGGGGAAGUUGGGGAUGGUGUUGGGGAUAUUGUUGGUAUUGGUGGGGAUGUUGGUGGUGAUAGUGGUGGUAGGUUUACGACGUAGGAGAAGAAGUGACGGAGAGCGGAUUUAUGAGGAUGUGGCGCUGAGAUCAAAAGAGCGAGGUGAUGACAAGUAUGAAACUCUGCAGAAGGCAUCUGGGAGGGAGCGAGAGUACGACACCCUUGCAGGAGCAUCAGGUGGAGAGCCGAAAGGUGGCGAAUAUGAACCACUGAAGAAAGGCGAAAUGAAAGAGGGGGUAUACCACACUUUAGGGGCGGAAGGGGCGGCGGGUGGAGAGGGUGGAUAUGAAGCACUGAAGAAAGGCGAAAUGAAAGAGGGGGUAUACCACACUUUAGGGGUGGAGGGUGCAGCAGGCGGAGAGGGUGGAUAUGAAGCAGGGAGGAAGGAUAAGCCCAGUGAGUCUGCAACAGCGGGCGAAUGAAUAAAAAAGGAGCUGCGCCACUGCAGGAGAAACAGGUUUAAUGCUGCAAACCAAAACCAUGCAGAUGUGUUGAUCUCGAUCCCAAAGUUAAGAUUCCUUGAUUUGAAUGAAUGUUUAAGAAAUCUGACGUCCAGGUGUCUUUCAGGCGUGAAAGUGUCAAUACAGAUUGACUAUCAAUAAUAAGUAAUGAAAAUAAAUCUGUGGGAGACUGUAGGAACAGCUCGAGUGAGGUUUUUACAAUAACAUUUUUUUCAAUGGCAGGGAGAAAUGUUUGUAAUAUAUUAAUUAAAUCAAAUGAUACAGAGUAAAAUUUCAGCAAAAUCCAAAAGAGCAGCAAACGCUUUGUGACACCAAGUCAACAAACAAGCAACACAUUCACACUUUACAAAUAGUCUGCUUUAUUAACUGAUCAUGUCCUUCAGCUUUGAUGCUACAAGCUAAUAUUUGCAGUGCUCACUAUAGCGUUUCUGCUUACAUCAUUGUACAUUAUUAAUUCAUCUCACAGGAACCAAAUGGUUAGUUUAGGCAUUAUCACAUUAUUUAGAUUUUGCCAUCAUAUUUUUAAUGUACUGUUUUUUAAUGAGCAUUUCCCAAAGCUGUGUUUUUUUGUGAUAUAUACAAAAAUAUAAAUAAAUUAGCUCAUCAGCAAUGGGAUAAAUAUUUUGCACUGUGAGAUUCCUUUUAGCACUUAAGCCACUUUCUUAAAUGAUACUAUGUGAUAUUUUGAUAGGUCAAUAUCAGAUAAACUGUUUUACAAAAAUGGUAUCAUCAUUUUUUGAGUAUGGAAGCUACAGCCUGAGAGUACAGUGAGUCAAGCUCCACGUUCAGUUUUUAAUUUUUUUUUUUAAACUAUUCCUCGUACAAAAAUGAAUCAUCUUCACAUCAUUAUUUGUCUUGUUAAAGUCAUGCUGAUUAUAACGGAUCAGCUUGUUGUCAUGUUGCUGAAUUUCUAUUUUGAAGGCAACACGAUUGAAGUACUCUGUGUUUCCCGUUUCCACCAUUUAGUAUAAAUGAGUUAAUCACAAAUUUAUGCUUAGUGUAAACGAACCCUUGCUUAGCGUCCUAUAUUCAAUCAUUUAAUAUCAAAAACAUUUUUCUCUCAAUAAAAUCACACAAACAACGCAGAUGUAUUGUGGCUAAAUGUGUUGCAACCAGUAAGUUGCAACCAGAGAUCCUAUUUGACCGGUUUUAUUGACACUGUUUUAUUACUUUUUCUCUUCUGAAAAGCUGGAAUGAGACAUUAAGAUUUAUUUAUUUUAAUUUUUUUAUUUUGAGUCGUGUUAAAAGGAAAAAAAGUUUUGCCUUUACGGGAUGUUUUUGUUGUUUUGGAAACGUUUUGCGUUUGCUUUCAGGGGUUUUUGUUGUUGUUUUUGUACAUACGGUAGAUUAUUUAAUAUUCUGUGCUGAAAGACUGUACACGAUUCAAGAUUCAAAGAUUUAAAGCGUUUAUUGUCAUGUGUGCAAAGAAAAAGCAUUUCUCUGUACAAUGAAAUUCUUUCUCUGCUGUCCACACACAGAUGCUGGUUAAUAUGUACAAAUAGAUAAAAUACAAAUAGCAGGAAUAAAGGCUUGAGAUAAUAUUAUUACUACAAA